AUGGAUGUGUGGGAUGCCUCUCUUCCCGGUGCUGGAGCGCGAAGGGCCACGACUAUUUUGCAAGUCUAUAUGAGAAUGGGAAACUAUAGCCCGCUUUCCAUUCUUGUUGCCGAUUCCCUUUGCCUAACUUUUAAAUCAGAUGGUGCAACAGUGGCUGAACUGGGUGCUUAUUUGGGACUUACACAAGAUCGUGUGGAGAUCGGCAUUAACGGAAUGCCAAGGGAGGUGUACUGCACGUCACUUGAGUUUUCCCAUGGGGAUGAAUACGGUGAAAACGAACAGCAGCGGAAAGAUGGAGCAGAAAAGGAAUGGGAAGGUACGAGCGGCAUCCGGAAAGAGACGCAAGACACCGAUGAGGGUGGGGGGAUGCGUUACUAUAUAAAUUAUGCGACGUUUCUCCCAUUCGCAUACGCCCAUGGUUCCCACAUGUUGCUAGCUCUCUGCCAGCUACCACUGCCGAAACGCGUGGAAGGUACUGUAAAUAGCGGUGAGCUCAGUAACAUAAGCAUAUCGCCUAAUCUCCGCCGUGUGGAUUGCCGAAGUGGACUGUGUUGUGUAAAUUGCCGGUAUUGGAUGGGACUUUGGGACCUUCGCUCAACGAUAGUUAAAUGCCCAUUGUGUCAAGCAGACAUACUCGAUGGUAUUCUUCGUGAUAUCAGGUCUCGUUACAACAACAAACUUGCUGAUGGUCGGCAGCUGCUGGUUUUUGGUCCCGUGCAACAGCGGCAACCGUGCCCGCAGCAGCGUUCAGGUGAGUCCGCCGAAAACACGAAGGGAAACGCACCGAAAGUGGGUAGUGAUGAUACUACAAAUUAUCCACUCGCACGUGAUCCGUUUCUAGUCCAGCAGGCUCUCUUCUUCAAGUUUCUUUACUUGCAUCCAUUUGUUUGCGUUAAUGUUGGUUCUUUCGCUGUGGAUGCUGACGAGGUGAUGACUAGGGAAGAGUAUGCGCAUCGUUCAAAGCACAAGGCAACCGUGCUUGACCAAUUCCGUUUGGUUCACCGGAAUCCGUCGGCCAUCCGUGUACAUUUGGUUGAUCAAGUGAAGGUAGACGAGGAAAAAUACGCACAGGCUGCAAAAAGGCUGGCGAAACGUGUUCAACUUCCUCCGUGGUUGCAAUCUGCCGACUUGUCCUCCAGUGCCACCGUUCUCAAGUCACUUUUGGCGCUGCGGCGUACUGAGGAAAGGACAGGUGGUUCUAAAAGGACUAGAAGGGAUCGGGACGUCACUUCCAUCGCUUCAUACGUUGCAAGGGAGUUUUUCGAUGAUGACUUCGUGGAAAUCCCGCUCCGCAGGGAAUUCUCUAUCUGA